AGCUUAGUAGAGUCUCGGGUGGCCGGUGCUCACCGGGCUCCGGGCCAGUCGACCCGCUCAACGCGCUCUAGCCAGCCAUGCGUCCCGCGGCCGCUACGGCACCCAAGUGGCUGCUUCUCGCACUGAAUGCUCUGUUACCACUGUGGCCCACAGCCAGAGCCUGGGAGCUCACAAUCCUGCACACAAACGACCUACACAGCCGGCUAGAACAGACCAGCGAUGACUCCACCAAGUGUCUCAACGCUAGCCUGUGCGUGGGCGGCGUGGCCCGGCUCUUCACCAAGGUGCAGCAGAUCCGCAAGGAAGAACCCAACGUGCUGUUUUUGGAUGCCGGCGACCAGUACCAGGGCACUAUCUGGUUCACCGUUUACAAAGGCCUGGAAGUGGCACACUUCAUGAACCUUCUGGGCUACGAUGCCAUGGCACUGGGAAAUCAUGAAUUUGAUAACGGUGUGGAAGGACUGAUUGAUCCCCUCCUCAGAAAUGUCAAAUUUCCGAUUCUGAGUGCAAACAUUAAGGCACGGGGGCCACUAGCUCCUCAGAUAUCCGGACUUUAUUCGCCAUCUAAAGUUCUCCCUGUCGGUGGUGAGGUUGUGGGGAUUGUUGGAUACACUUCAAAGGAAACCCCCUUCCUCUCAAAUCCAGGGACAAAUUUAGUCUUUGAAGAUGAAAUCAGUGCAUUGCAGCCUGAAGUAGAUAAACUAAAAACUCUAAAUGUGAACAAGAUCAUUGCCCUGGGGCACUCUGGUUUUGAGAUGGACAAACUCAUUGCUCAGAAGGUUCGAGGCGUGGAUGUCGUAGUGGGAGGGCACUCCAACACCUUCCUCUACACAGGAAAUCCACCUUCUAAAGAAGUGCCUGCUGGGAAGUAUCCAUUCAUAGUUACCUCUGAUGAUGGACGGAAAGUUCCUGUGGUCCAGGCCUAUGCCUUUGGCAAAUACCUGGGCUACCUGAAAGUUGAGUUUGAUGAUAAAGGAAAUGUUAUCACAUCCUAUGGAAAUCCCAUUCUUCUGAACAGCAGCAUUCAUGAAGAUGCUACCAUCAAAGCAGACAUUAACCAAUGGAGGAUAAAAUUAGAUAAUUAUUCUACCCAGGAACUCGGGAGAACAAUCGUCUACCUGGAUGGCUCUACUCAGUCAUGCCGCUUUGGAGAAUGCAACAUGGGAAACCUGAUCUGUGAUGCCAUGAUUAACAACAACCUCAGACACCCAGAUGAAAUGUCCUGGAACCACGUGUCCAUGUGCAUUUUAAAUGGAGGUGGCAUCCGGUCUCCCAUUGAUGAGAAGAACAAUGGUACCAUCACCUGGGAGAACCUGGCUGCUGUGCUGCCCUUCGGAGGGACAUUUGACCUUGUCCAAUUAAAAGGGUCCACCCUGAAGAAGGCUUUUGAGCACAGUGUGCAUCGCUAUGGCCAGUCCACUGGGGAGUUCCUGCAAGUGGGUGGAAUCCAUGUGGUGUAUGAUAUUUCCCGAAAGCCCUGGAACAGAGUGGUCCAAUUAGAAGUUCUCUGCACCAAGUGUCGAGUGCCUACCUAUGAGCCUCUGGAAAUGGAUAAAGUGUAUAAACUGACCCUCCCAAGCUAUCUGGCCAAUGGUGGAGAUGGGUUCCAGAUGAUAAAAGAUGAAUUAUUAAAACAUGACUCUGGUGACCAAGAUAUCAGCGUGGUUUCCGAAUACAUCUCAAAAAUGAAAGUAGUUUACCCAGCAGUUGAAGGGCGGAUCAAGUUCUCUGCAGCAAGUCAUUACCAGGGAAGCUUUCCUUUAAUAAGUCUUUCAUUUUGGGCAGUGAUCCUUGUUUUGUAUCAAUAACGGAAAGUCUCCUUGUCCUUGAUGUCAAAUCCAGUGAUAUUCAUAUCUGCCUCUGGAAACCUGGCUUUGUAACAGUGCUCAUCAUUUUCAAGGCUCCUAGCAGAUGCUCUUCACAAGGAAGAGACUAUAACAUCAUUUGUUGAGGCCAGCAACUCAGUGAGCAGACAGAAAGUCAAAGUGAACCAAGAGGGUCCUUCUGGCAGGUAUCGGGUAGGGGAAAACAACUAGGUGUAGUUUGCAUACCCACAUAACACAUCUGGUUGCCAUUGAGCCACAAAACUAAUUUUUCCCUUUCCAUUCAUUUCUUAUCCAACAAACAAUUGAUGUUUACAUAGAACUUUAUCAUUGCCAGUUCUGGUGGCACAUGCCUGUGGUCACAGCACUUGGCAUAGAGGAGAGGAUGGCUGCAAGUUCUAGGCCAGCCUGACCUAUGGAGAGUUUCAGGCCAGUCAGGUAGACAUCAAGACUCACACAAACAAAAAACAUUAUAAUGUACGCAUAGAUUUUUGUAGACAAGUGUUGUGAUAAGUAGAAAGGGUUGACUUGAUCAAGGUCAUACAUCUCCAAAUAAUACAUCUAAGACCAGUACGUAAGUCUUUUUACCUCAAGUCCAGUAUUUUCUCCUCUCUUCCUGCCAACAGCCCCACAUGACAAAUCUGUUUCAGCCCUCCAUACUAUCCUUUCUUUUGGGCUCCUACUGUCUCUCAGGUUUGAGAGAGUAGCUACUGGACAGGAUUCUUUCCCACAAUACCAUGUGCCUUUGAUGAGUCAUAGACAAACUGUAUAAAGGAGAUAACAGGUUUGUCCAGGGACUGCAAAUGGCAGUCAGGGACAGGGGAGAAAGGGAAAGGAGAAUAUGACCAGGACUGCUAUAUUACAGAAGAGAGAGUGGGUAUUUGGAUGUGUUACAUAAACACUAGUUAAGGAGCAGAGCAUGACUCCAAAGCAGAACACUGGUUCUUGUUAACUCCUGUGGGAUUCCAAAAGCCCUGCCUCCUUUUCUCCUUCCUUCUUCCUCACAUGGAGGUGCUGUGAGAGAACUUCCUAAAAUAAACUGUAAUUCUAAACCUGCACCUGUCCUGUCCAAGAUGCCAACACAGUUCUCCUUCUAGCCGCACCACGUACAAUCCAAUGUUCUGGAGGGCAAGAGUGAGUUUACAAAGUAGUAUACAUAAAUGUUUGCAGUCACUCAGGCUCAAAUCCCAAGCAAUCACUGUAAGGCGUACUGAAGUCAAGACAUAAGAGGACCAGCAGGACAGUGAGCCCUACAGGAUGACCAAGAGAUACACUGAUGAAAUAAUUAUGCCCACAAACACCAGAUGGUCCUUUGACCAAGUGAGCAUGGUCAGCACUGUAACAGUUAUUAAGAAAUCUUAACUACAAACCAGCAGCUAGAAGUUUGGACAGGGAACAUGUCUGUUUCCUAGUGUUUACGAAUAUUAAGGACUCUUGGCACAAAUCAUUUUAAAAUUUCCAAUCCUUUUAUGAAGUUUGUUGCAGUGAAACACUGCCUUCAGUUCCCUGAAUGUAUAGAUUAGUUAUAAACAGAAAUGUCAAUAAGACUGUAAAAAAUAAAGGUGUAUAUGAGGUAUAUUUUUAUGCUUGGCCAGUAAAUGAGGAGAAAUCUUAUUACAGCAUAAUUUUUAAAGAACAUUUUUAAAACUUUUCUAAGUAUGUGUAUAUGUAUAUUUUAUACAGCAGUAUUGAGAACUGACCUUGGACUACUUUGUAAUUGUAAAUUCCAAACAAUAAAGCUGAAGAUAUA